GACAUUUCUACCAGCUACUGGUUAGAAACAGUUUGUUAACCAAUUACAAGCAUUUUUUAACACUUUUACGUGUACUCUGUGCUAAUAUAUGAAAAUAAAUAGUUUUCAGUAUUUAUCUAAAAAGUUAUUGCCGCUGUUCGAUCGCCCGGACAGCCGAAAAUCGCCGUGUUACGUCACGCAGGCAAAGCCAUUUUGAUUCCCGUUCGCCGUCGUCUCGGGGGUUAUUAAGUUUGUGUUAUUAAAUUCGGGAUCAAUUCUCGAAGUCGAUCUGAUUUUUGUGCAAAGGCGAUAAGAGAAAAUUUAUCAAAAUUCCGGUGCCCACGAGUACCACAGAUACCGUGAACGGUAGCGGUGACAUGAGUGCACACAAGAGAAAAAACAGGGGAGGCUCUGUAAGAGCCCAAAGACAAAGAUCUAUUGUGACCGAUGGGGUGUACAAUAAUCCGGCUUUUAUGCACGCCGCUGCUUCCCAAGUUGGCAAUCCCGCAAGAAUUACAACUGCUUCCGGACAAGUUUGGGAAGGUAUUUAUAAAACAUAUUCUACAAAUUUUGAUGUUGUACUGGAAGUGGCUGUAAGAGUGGGAAAUCCGGACUCUCCUGAUUCGCAUUUACUCACUGAAACGUUUGUGGAGAAACUCGUGUUCAAAUCUAGCGACAUUUUGAAUAUUUGCUUUAGAAAUGUUGAUUUAGAAUAUCCAGUCAAAGACACUUUCCAAACUGAUACAGCAAUAGCAGCAAGAUUAAACGGUAAUAAAAAUGAAGAAAAACAGUUAGAACCUUGGGAUGCCGGGCAAAUAAACGGAACUGAUAAUCUUAGUUUAGAUUUAGAUGGUUCUAAUGGAUGGGACGUCAACGAUAUGUUUAGAAAAAACGAACAAGACUAUGGAGUGCAAUCAACGUUUGAUCAUUCUUUAAGAGGUUAUACUGUGCCUCUUCAAACGGGGGAUUCCCAGGAUUAUAGAGAAGCACAAGCGAAGGCUGACCAAAUUGCUAACGAAAUUGAAAAUCAACCUACUCAUAAGGCAAGGCUAGACCUAGAAAAUGGCGACGAGGAAGAAGCUUUUGCCGCUGUUGUCAGACCAAAUCAACAAGAAUCUAAUGGUAAAUAUAUUCCUCCCGCCAAAAGAAAGGGACAGAACAAUGGAAAAUUGGUUCGAAGUACGCCACCGCCAUCUAGCGGGUCUAGUAGUCAAAAUUCUCCAUCUCCCAAGGAAACUAGGCCUCCAGUUAGUUACCCCACUCAUAACAACCCUCAUCCGUCUCAUCAGAAUAGCGUUCACAAUUUACCAAGUCAUACUCCUCAGCCUCAAAAUCAAAUGCCUCACGUAUCUCCCUCUCAACAUAUCCACAACGUAGUACCGCAAGGAGUACCACCACAGAUACAACAAUCUUUAGGACCCCAACAUCAACAAAAUAUGAGCAUACAAUCACAUCCACCACCUCCACAAAGCCAACCGGGCCGUCCAAAUUCACACACGCCUCCCCACCAGUACCAACAGGGACCACCACCCAGGCAGCCCCCCGGUGGAUCGCACGGUAUGCCCCACAACGGUCCGCCCCAUAACAAACCUCAGUUGAACAACGAGCCUAAAUCUGGUCCUCAGCAACGCCAACAAAGGCACCAGCAGUACCAAGCUCAGCAACAUGAGAGAAUUGCGCCGCCGAUCCAGAGUCCGAGCCCUCUACAGUCUAAUUACCAAGAUAUUAAGCCGCAGGAUUCACCGCCGGUAGUACAUCAAGUCCCGACACAGCAACCCUUGAAUCAUCCCCCUCCCCCUCGACAAUCGGCACCCCCCGCCAGGCACGAACCUCCGCCGAGUCACCCACAAAAUCAGGAAACGAUUAAAGAUUUUCAGACAUUUUCGCAAGAUUUCAAGUUGGCGCCUAUACCACAGCAAAAUAGUAAUAUUAUUCCUAUUACGUCACCGCAUGCGCCCCCUCAAGGGGGAGGUCCGCCGAAUUUGGGGCCACAAGCUCAGCAUAUUCCAGGGGGCGCUGAAUCACCUCAAAUACCUCCACCCCAACACAUAGGCACCGGAGGAUCGCCAAAUAUGGCCGCUUCUGGACCAAACAGCAGUGGGUCGUCGAGCAAUAGUAACAGUAGUCUGAACAUGAUAAAUCCUAUAGAACAAAACCAGCCGGGUGGACCAAAUAACAAGCAACCUAGUCCAGCGCAGAGCCCAGCUAGUAUAGAGUCGGAGAAAUUACAAAACACCAUUGCAAAAUCGAAACUGAACCCUAACGCCAAGGAGUUUGUACUAAAUCCCACAGCUAAACCUUUUCAACCAAGAUCUCCUAGCACUCCUUCAGCUAGCCGUCCACACACUCCACAGACCCCAUCUCAUAGCCCAUAUAUGCCUCAAACGGUGAGUGGACCAGGGGCACCUCAGAUGCCUGCAGUCAUGAUGCACAUGCCUUACAUCGGGAUCAGUCAGGCGCAGUACCAACCCCCUCCACCUCAGACAAAUAGGAUAAGAAAAAUUCCAAUGGGCCAAAUAAGGACGGACAUGGCGUCCCAGAUGCAACACGCCGCAGCUGUCACUGGACAGCCCUUGUUAGCUCCGGCUCCAUUACCUCAGUUCAUAUACAACCCUUCGGCGGCCGCGGCGGCGCACGGGAUGAACCAGGCGGCUUACCAGCAGGCAGGUAUGGCCGCCAUGCACGCCACCCUGCGCAUGUAUAACGACGCCACUGUCGCGGCGGCCGCACCACCACAGAUACAGUAUUUACCACCUCAGCAAAGUGGGAGCGGGUCUCCAGCUCAGCCAUAUAAUCCCGCUGCUGUUCAGCAGCAACAAGGUCCACAGCAAGGUUAUCAAGCGGCGCCUCCGCCUCAAGGACCUCCACAAAUGCCGAUGUUCUGCAUUCCUACAAAUGCUCACAUGUUGCCAAGUGUACCGGCUUAUCUUCAACAAGCUCCUCCCCCUCCACCACCCCACCAGCACGUACAGGUCAGUCAAAGUUUUAGUCCAACACCAACACCCAGGUACACAGGGUGGUAAUCCGCAUGGCCCCAAUCCUUAACGUUGAGAUAGGUAUUUUUUAACAAAAUGUAUUUCGGUUUAAAUUUUAGUAAAUUUCUCUAGAUUUUAAGGUAUCAUCUCUCUCUAUCUCUCUCAUUGUAUAAUUUCUGGAGUAAAGUAAGAAUCUGCCAUACUAAAAUGUUACUUUAUUUGAAAAACGAUAGUAAAAAUAAUAAAAUAACGUUUUUCUGUCGUAAUUUCUACUCUGCUCUAGAGACUUUCGGAAAAAUUUAAUAAAAACAGUUGUUGACGACAAAAAGAAAAAUAAGAAAUAUGUAAGUAAUUUCAAUGCUACUUUCGUUUAUCGUUUUUUUUUUCAAGUAGGUAUAUUAAUAUUUUUAUGAAAUACUUAAAUAUAUGUUAAAAUAUACAGGGUGUCAAAAAAAUAGUGUAUCUAACUUUGGUGAGUGAUUCUACAGAUAAAAAUAAAACAAAAAGUUCCUAUAAACGUAUGUCCUAAAAUGCUUCUCGAACAAGUUACAGCCCCCUCGAAAGGUUAAAUAAAAAUAUAUUUUGUUUAUUUUUAAGCCAGAAAAUUGACAUCAAUCGAUUGGCAUAAUUUAGUUUUAGCGUCAGUACCAAUCCGUUAUACUAAAAUCCCCUAAAAAUGUAUUGCCAACUGUUUAUUUCAAUUGUUGUGGUUCUUUCAAAAAAUAUAUUUUGGAAUUUUUCGAAAUUUCUUACCUAUUUCUUAUUUGUUCAAGAAUUGUUUUAAAUCAACAGCAAUGUAAUUCAUAUUUUUGUCUAUACAGGGUUAUGCAUCAAGUGAGGACAUAA